CGCCGGCGGCCGAGGGAGCGUGACUGCGCUGCGCAGGGCGCUAGGAGGCAUUGUCGCCGUGCAGGCCCCCUUGUGAGCAGCAGACCGGCCUGGUGGCUGGCAGCACGACACCCGUGUCUGCAUGCUGAGGAAGAUGGGUGAGGCGGUGGCCAGAGUUGCGAGGAAGGUCAACGAGACGGUGGAGAGCGGCUCUGACACCCUGGAUCUAGCCGAGUGCAAGCUGGUUUCUUUCCCCAUCGGCAUCUACAAGGUCCUGCGGAAUGUCACGGACCAGAUCCACCUCAUCACGCUGGCCAACAACGAGCUCAAGUCCCUCACCAGCAAGUUCAUGACCACAUUCUGUCAGCUCCGAGAGCUGCGCCUGGAAGGGAACUGCCUGCACCGCCUCCCCAGUGAGGUCAGUGCCCUGCAGCACCUCAAGGCCAUCGACCUGUCUCGGAACCAGUUCCGCGACUUUCCUGAGCAGCUCACCACCCUGCCUGCACUGGAGACCAUCAAUCUGGAGGAGAACGAGAUCGUGGAUGUGCCCGUGGAGAAGCUGGCCGCCAUGCCUGCCUUGCGCAGCAUCAACCUCCGCUUCAACCCGCUGAACGCCGAGGUGCGAGUGAUCGCCCCGCCUCUCAUCAAGUUUGAUAUGCUCAUGUCUCCAGAGGGGGCGCGGGCCCCCCCGCCUUAGGCCCCCCUCCUGAUGCCCACCCAACAAGGGACAGAGGCCACUUGGCCUGGCACCCUGAGGGGAGGGAGUCCCAAGGGCCCAUGGGAGGCCAAGCGCGGGGGCCUGGGGAUGGGUGGGCCAAACAAGGAGUGGUGGGAGGGUGCAGCGGUCCAGGACAGAUAGCUUAGAGCAGUAGUGGGUCCCGCCCUGCCCAGAGGGAGGAGAUGGGGUGGGGGCGAGCCCGGGCUCUGGGCAUUCAGAGCCUCUGUGCAAACUGGGGCAGACCCCACCUUCUCUGAGACCUGUAAUUUGGGGAAAGGUGUCGUGGCAGUGGGCCUUUGCCUCCCUUGGGCUCCUUGGAGGCUUUUUAGGGAACACAUGCCUCCAAGUUAUCCUCAGUACCUUCUGGGCUCGCAGCCGAGCCUCGCUGAGCAUUUCCUGGGCUCCUGUGGGUUGAGGCCUUGCUUCUAGUGCUGAGAGCCAGCCACUGCCCUGAGAAGAAUAGAAGACAACCUGCAUCUAUUUAUUGCUUCCUGAGAACCCACCCACUGAGGCCCUUCUCCGUGCCCCGUCCUCAGCCCUGGGGGUCCCUGGAUUGGCGGGAGCCCGAACCGGGAGUGGUGGGGAAGCUGCAGAGGGAACAUGGAUGCUGCAGCAGGGCCGACACUGUUUACACAGGAGCCCAGGGAACCUGGGGAGCAGUCAAGUUGGCUCUGUCAUUCCUCAUGAUCAAGAAAUUGCCGGGGUGGGAAGUUCUGAGUGCUCCCGCCCUCCCUCGGGAGUGACCAGCUGUGCCUGGCAUCACCCCCUGAGCUGCGGGAGAGUGGCCAGAGAGAAGGGAAGACAUGGGCACCUGUGCCCCCUCAGCAGGCUCCCUCAGGCAGCAGUCUGGCUGUCUUGUCAUUAGAGGCAUCAGGCGCUGUGGACCACUGGAUUUGUAGCCGGGCAGCUCCCAGGCCACCCCCCAAAGCCCUGAUACCCUCGUCAUUUCUAGGCCCUCUGGAGGCAAGGGUCUGGCCAGGCAAUAGGGUGACCUACCACCCAUGUUUGCUCGGGACACGGGACUUUCGAUGCUAACACAAGGACAGCACCAGCAAAUAGGGUGAGGGCCUGGGGUCCUUUAGUUCUGUGACAAUACCUGUGGUUUGGAGAACCCCUGACCUCUCGGUCCUACAGGUAUCUACCUCCCAUCUUCUCAUCUGUGGAGCAAGCAGGCCAGGGCCCACCUGGCCUGGCCUUUUGUCUGAGUCUGCGGUAGAUACCUGAGUCCCAGGACUUGGGGCAAACCAGGCCACCCAAAUCCUACGUCCGCGGACCAGUGGCCACACUUCCACAACUUGGGUUAAGCUGUUCAGAACUUAGACCACCACUCAGAAUGCUCCCAUUUCCUUCCCCUUCCUCGGCCCCAAGGCUGCCCUGCCCAGGCCUCCUGUCUCUCGGUAAGAAGCUGACAGGCUGUACGUUGUCGCCUGUCACUGAGCUCUCGAGAACGCAGUGUUCCAAGAGGUGCCUUGUUCGUUCUGCGCAUCCCCCAGGCCUGGCGGGCGAAGUUCUGGGAACAGGGUUUUCAGGGUGAGGAGGCCAGGUCCGCUCCCUAGGACCACUGAGUUCAGUUGGGGACAAGUGAGGGCUGCAGUCAAGCCCAGCCUGGCCUGGCCCCUCUCACCCUGUGUCCUGGAGUGGGGUUUCUCCUUGUUGAAGAAGGGGUGCAUUGUCCUGAUAUACAGAAAGGCAUUGUAUGGCCAGAGUCUUGCAACUCAGUGUGGUCUAUGGGUGCGCAGCAUCAGCAUCUGUGGGUACUUGCUAGAAAUGCAGGACCCCAGGCCCAAUCCCAGACCUUGGGCAUCAGAACCCGUGCUCCAAAAGAUCCCCAGGUGAUUCCUACAAGCACUUUAUUGUUUGAGAAGCAAGGACCUGGGGUGGCCCUAGGGAUGUACUGGGAGUGAAGGGUGGAGUUGUCUCAGCUUUCCCAACCCCAAGUCCGUACCCAUCCCUCCCCAGCUUGGGCCCCUCACCCCAGCUCGGGCCGCUGGGUCCUUUCAGAGUCUGCGUGGCACUCCUGGGAAGGGAGGGACCUGGAGUCACUAGGAGACGAGGAUUGGGUUUGCCUGGCCCUUGGGCCUGCCUUUCUGGUUCACCCCAAAUGCCAAGCUGCUGCUUCCCCAGGUCCUCAUCUCAGACCCUUCAAAGGGGUUGUUUCUGGAAGCUGUUUUCUACUCUGCUGGGAGAGUUUGCCCCGACCUCUCUGGGAAAGUUUGGGCUCACAGAGAAGCCCAGAUCAGAGCCCACAGUGUGAGCCCUUAGCUUCA